GUGAACAUUACAGGGUCCAUCAUUGAAGGUGGAAUGAAAAAGGGAUUUUUCAGGAACCCAUUAUGUCCAGAGAGACAAGGAGUAGUACCUCAGAGCCAGUGCCUUUCCUGGAAGAGUGGAAAGCCCGACGUGAGAGAAUGAGGCUACGUUCCUCUUCUUCUAGCAUCUCGGUGAAUAGGUCAAUAGACAGCAGCCAGUCUCACCAAGAGGGGGAUCCCCAGGCACGCAAUAAUACCUUGCUUGACAAGCAAGGAAAGAGCCGAGAUCUUGCCGGGGGAAGGUCAACAGAAACAACCACAAAACUACAGUCUCAUGGUGAAGCAGAGCCUGACACAAGUGAAUCAUCAGCCUUAAAAACCAAAGAAAAGAAAGGCAGUACUCAGAAAAAACACCGGACUCAGAUUGAGAAGAGGAAACUAAGAGAAAAAAGAAGACCAACAGGGGUAGCCAAUAUAUUGCCCUUGGAGGAUCCAGAUGAGCAUCAAGAUCAUGCUGAUACGAAAGAAGGAAACAGAGAAAAGGACACCACCCCCGAUCAGGAUCAAAGAACAACCCAAGUCACUUGUCCAAACAGGACAGAUACAGACAUCAACGUUCCAUCACAGGAAGAUAGAGAGAACGCCAACAUGUCAAGACAGAGCUGGAUGGAGGAGUUGCAGAAGGCAGUCAUUGUAAAGAGACAAGACAACCACAAAUUGAAUGCUGAAUUGAGUGACAAAGAUGGAGCCCUGCAGUUUCUUCAAAAGGAAAUUAAGACUGUGACGCAAAAAAUGCAAAGAGCCGAAGAUGAGAAUAAAAGACUCAAGGAUGAGAAUCAGAUGCUGCUAAAGUUAAUGGGCCAGCUGGCCAGUUAAUGAAUCGGCAACACAGAGCUGUUUUCAAUGGUCCAGUACAAAGAACAGACUGAAAUAGUAAUUCCCACUAAACUCACUGUCACUAACCCCAACACACAGUCAGGAACAAAGACAGAAGACAAGGAGUGGACACAGUGUAGGGUAAGAAGACUGGUGCUUGUUAAGUACAAGACAGACAUGGCGAUGACGAACCGAAGGAUCCAAUCAAGUGCUUCAUUCAAUGAAUGCUCUGCAGGACAUGCGUCUAAACAAAGUAGGAUAGAGCCAUCUCCUCUAUAGCCUCAUACAAUUUUGCUUGUCUUGCAAAAAUACUCAGCUAACACGCCUAUGUAGUGACAGAUGUGCAACCGUGAUCCAGCUUCCACUUCAAAGCUAACUUCAAGAUAAUGCUCUUAUACAAUAAGAGGCAGCAAUUACCCAGAACACCUGCCUUGCAAAGACUUCUCAUUGAGCUGCAUUGGGAAGUCUGUGAUUGGACAGCCAUUGAAAGUCUAGGUGGGGCCAGAAGAGGACGGCUUGCAAAGGCAGCAGACAAGAAGCAGUAUAUUUUGUAAGCUGUUCUGAUAGAUACUCCCAAUGAAGCAAUGCAUAAUUAAAUGCAUGCAUGUUUUCAUUUGGGUUAUAUCUACUAAACAGUAUUUUUAAAUGUAUUUUGUAUUUCGGCAGUGGAGUGUCCUUUUAACAUUAAUUAUGGAGUCUUUAGUUGCCAACGUAUAAUGUGCCCCAUGUUAUAAGUAUACUGGACCGUGAGUGGUGGUACAUUUUUAUUGCACAGCAUGUGCGACCAGGGAAUUGGAAACCUUCUGGUCGCUGUAUAUGUACUUAAAGGGAGAGUGUAGGAUCAGAACAUGCAUGCAAUCCACUUAGGUGGGUCUGUCAUAUAUAUAUAUUUAAAUAGGGGCUUGGCCAACUCCUGUCCCAAAUGUAACUUUAUAGAUUGUUAUUUUUAGGUAAGGGGAUGGAAAAUCCCAGUUGGAUCCAUUAUGUUUAGUAUAGGAUUCUUGAUCUCCCUCUUGCCUAAUUUGGUCCCAGUUCCACAGCACAUGUUAGAUAAAACUUCAAGACUUUAGUUAGAUUAUUAAUGUUACUGUAGGUGAGUUGGUGAUCAAUAUGGCUGCCACUGACCAUUGUUGUUGGGUAGAUAACAGGGUAUUGAAAGACAAACUAUAUUUUAAUUUUCUUUGAGGUGCCAGCACCCUUUUUCACACUUCUAAGCUCA